UUAUUAACUUCCGAGAUUUGUAAGUGGUAGCAACAGCGUCAAUUUGAAAUCCCCCAUUUUCGCCCUCAGUUCAUACAAACAUAAAAAAAUUAUCGUGAAUGAGUGAUUAGUGUCCCGAGUAGACGUUUGAUUCUAAAAAAAAUUAGAUAUUUAUAUUUGAAUCGAGUGUUAACCGACGGAUCGCGUUUAUGUGUUACAAACAGUGACAAUGGUGUUAAAUUCUUGGCGUUAUUCAACGAUCCGGAAGAAUAAAUGUUAGCCUUACAAAGUUUAUCUUUAUUGAAGUGCGUAAACUCAACCAUGAUGCCUCUGGCACCUACUCCUAUAGUUGCAGUGCCUUCGAAGCCUAAAAUAGGCUUUUCCAUAGACUCGAUCGUCGGAGGUGCUAAUCAACCCAGUCCGCAACAUUCUCCUCUACAUUAUUCAGAAAGUUCCGCGCCACUUUCACCAAAUAGUGAUACAGAUAAUAGACUAAAUGGUUCCCCCAAACAAUACGCUAGUUCUCCUCAAAGAUCACCCGCUAAUUCGCCCAAACCUCCAAUCAUGGUUCCGGGUAUUCCGGCGCAUACGUUAGUACGACCUAACCCGACGUACGAUCCAAAUUUGGUACCGAAAAAUGGUUUCCUUCAACCGGAAAUGAUGCACAAUCACGGGCAGCAUCCGUUCGCGUUAGCCGCUCAUUUUCAAGGAGCUGCGUUAGCUGCAGCUCUCAGUAGCGGACAACACGGAUUUCCCGGACAACCUUCACCUUUGGCACAGCACGCGCAACCUAGGGAUAGUUAUCCUUUGUAUCCUUGGUUGUUAUCGAGGCACGGAAGGCUUUUUCCGCAUAGGUUUCCAGGAGGUCCAGAUAUUCCAGGAUUUCUGCUCCAACCUUUUAGAAAACCAAAGAGAAUAAGGACGGCGUUUAGUCCAUCGCAGCUUCUCAAAUUAGAGCACGCUUUCGAAAAGAAUCAUUAUGUGGUUGGAGCGGAACGUAAGCAGUUGGCACAAUCUUUAUCCUUAACAGAAACUCAGGUAAAAGUGUGGUUCCAAAACAGACGGACCAAACACAAAAGAAUGCAGCAAGAAGAGGAAGCCAAAACGAGUUCCGGCAACAAAUCCGGUUCGCCUAGUUCGCAAAAUAAUUCGCAUCAAGUUAAUAAGUGGAAAGAAGAAGCAUCAGACGAGUACGGGGAAUAUAUUGACAUGGACAUGGAAGACGAGUGUAUCAGUGACGUUGAAAGUGAGACAUAAAAUUGAAGUUUGAUGGAAUUUCAUCGAAAUUUCCGUGUAUAUAUGUGAAGAUAAAUGCGAACUUACGUAAUUGCAAUAAUUUGAACAGACAUUUUUUUUUAUUAGUGCCAAUUGAAGCGUGCCAAACUUUCCUUGUUACAGUGCCAAUUUUUCGAAGGAACGUCCUGCUGUUAUUAGUUUUCGAAUUGUAUAUAGCCAUUAUUUAUUUCAAUCUUAUAAUUUUAUAUUUAUUUUUUCCUGUAUAUAAUCAGGUGUCGAAGUAUUAGCGCCUUCUAUUAAUUUGGAAACGAAAGCUAUAAGAAAAUGUUUAAAAAAUGUGGGUGGGUGCAAAAAGAUAUCAAUCGACGACUGGCUUUUUAAUCGAGAUCAUCUAAGACGUAUUCUUGAAAAGCCAUGUAUUUACAGGUAAUUGUUGUACUUGGAAUUAUUGAUUCUGAUUAUUUCUAGACAAAAUUGAUAUCAAAUACGAACAGGUUCCGGUUUGUUUUCACAAAAAUGAUAUUUUAAAUUUGAAAAACAUUUUCUUAUAAUUUAAAACACUUUAGUGGAACUGUCUAUGUAUUUUUUGCGUCGUGUAAUUUUUUUCUGAAGUACUUGAAAUUUCCUUAACGAAUUUUCGACUUUUCCACUCCAAAAAAUAUAUUCGAAGGUACAAAGAAAUUUUAAAAAAUUGUAACGUAAGUAAUUUUAAAAACUUUUAUUUCUGUGAUGUUUGUACAUAGAUUUUUUUUACUAUUUUAACAUAUCUGUGGAUAAAAAAAAAACAGUAAAAUCUGUUGACAGAACUGUACCUCAUUAUCUAAAUUAGUUUCCAUUUCUUUUAAUAUCAAACAAAUUCUCCAAUUUUUCAAUUCCAAGUUCAUCAAUUCUCUUUGUCAUCGAAUCGAUGUCGUCUGAACAACUUUCUCAAUAUAAGAAUGAGUCAAAAGUCCCACGGACUCAAGUCGGGACUCUACAGAUGCUUUAGAUUUGAUUAGAUUAUGUGGUAUUUCAUUUAUAUCUUUCUGAACAUUCUUACAGAAGAUAAUCUUCUAUUUCUAUAGCUUACUUGCAGAAUCUGCAAUUAUCGGCCUUUACUAUGUUUAAAAGUCCAUCAGUCCUUCAUCUACCAAGCAUUUUUAUAUUUUAAUUCGAAUUUCGCGCUCUAGAAAAGGAACCUUGAGAGGUUUAGUUGGUAACACUGAUCGAGACUUUGGUCAGACAGAUGUAAACACAUUAAAAAGAAAAAUUCAUUUUGAAAGUUUCUUUUAAAUUUAUUUUGGUCAUCCAAGAAAGAAGUUUACAAUAUGGUGUUUUAAGAGUGUGUUAUAUUGAAUAUUGUUACAAAGAAGCAAUAUUUUCGAUGGUUAAAUAGUGCUUUUAUGAUUUCUUGUAGCCAAUUCUUCGUACACAAUUCUUUUAUAAUAAAAAAACGGUCUUCACUUUGCCUCGAGCCCUUAAAAAUCUAACUUUGGUUCAAAAAAAAUCUUAAUCUUGAAUUGUUAUAAUUUCGUCCAAAAAUCCGAAGAAAAAACAUAAUUUUUACCUAAUUUUCUACAAGGUUUGUCCAUAAAAUGCUGUAUUCGCAAGGAACGCGAGAUUUCGCGAGACUGGCGUGUAGUUUGGACCCCGUUUCUUUUAGUUUCCACCUUAACGAGGUAUCCAAAAUGUUAAUUUUUUAUCUUUAAAGUCGUAUAAGAUGGAGUUUCCAAUUGAUUGCCACGCCAGGUGCGAAUUACACUCUGUUCUAAAAAUUCGAUGGGGACAUAUUUUAUGGACAAGCCUCGUAUGUUCUUUAUCAAUUAUCAUUGAUGCGAUGAUAUAAUAUUUUGACUCAAUCUAAAUCAGUGAUUCCCGAAAUAGUCCAGGUGUGCCCCAGGGGUCUAAGGGAAGCUCUAAAAUCGUAAAGCUUCAAUUAAAGUAUUUUCCAAAUGGUUUACGAGGGAAAAGUUUGGAAACUUCUGAUCUAAAUAGAUGCCAAAAAGGUUUAAAAUUAAUGGGAGAUUAUGUCUUUGAACUGUAUUUUUUUCUAGGUAUGAAUUUUCUUUGAUAUGACUGAAUUAAUAUCCAUGAAACGUAAACAUUCACUCAGACAUGUCAAACUAUAAUUUACAUACUUAUACGUAACCUCUUAAGUUUUUACAAUUAAACACUAGGUGGGGUUAAUUGGUUGUGAGGUUUGUUUUUGCGAAGUCAGUGGCAAUUGUUAAAAAAUGGAAUCAUCCUUGUAGGCUUACUUUGGAAGAUUUCUUAUGGUUUUAAGUCAAAAAAAAAUUCAAAGAAUCGCAAAUUUUGGUAAUGAAGCACCAUCAGAAUCGACUGUUUACAUUUGGUUUCCAAACAAGGUCGGCCAGCAUCGGAUUUCAAAACGAGAAAUAUCGAUGAAUAAAAUCGAUUUCUCUUAGGAUAUCGCAGAAUUCAAUACAAUCGAUUUAUAUUUAGGCUGAAAAAUUGAUUGUAUGAAGAGAAAAAACAUUAACAUUGAAUUAAUCGAUUUUCAUCACUUCAAAAACCUGUUGACUAUAUACAAAAUCAUGUUUUUACGAUAUCAAUUCCAGCGUGAAAAAAAUGUUUCCAGAAUUGCUUUCUGUUUUAGUUUUUGUAAAAACUUCAAAGGUAACCCUCGUAUUAUAUUUUCUAUUACAGUACUGUCAACAAUAUUUAUUUUUUUUUAAUAUAAUUGUAUUAUUUUAUACGUCAGAUUGUACUGAUACCUAAAUGUGAAGUACCUAAAGAUUUGUAGAAAUUUGCAAGAUAUGUUGAGUUUUCAUGUACUUAAAUUCUAUAAUUAUAGAAGAAUAAAUAUUAAAAGAGUUUUAUCAAA